AUGGCAGCAGGCGAUCAGCCAGGAGCCGACUUUCUCGAGCUUACCAGCGACGAUGGUUCCGAAUGGGAAGACGACAAUGGGACGCGAAAUUUCAGUGAUAUUGAAGGAAUGGGUAACAGAGCAUCAGCUCCGACACUUCAAAGCACCAGAAGUGAAGACUGGGAGGAGGAAAGAGGGAGAACGAGACCGAAUGAGUACCUCACGGCGCUUCCGCCUUUCAACCAGAUCCCUGCGCACGACUCUGUGACAGACGACUCCACUGCUCCAACGCGAAGACUACCGGGUCAGGCGCGGCAGAUGAGCUUUAAGAGAUAUAGUCGGGUCAACCUGGUGCAUAACCGUAGCUCACCACGCUCCAGCAUCCUCAGCAAUGCUUCAUCGGAUGUUAUGCCACGGCCGCUCAAUGUAUCGCGUACUGUGUCGCAGAACCUCGAGGAGGAAAUCUUGCUCCGGGUCUCUAGUGACACACAAAGGCACCACCAAAGGAUCACGUCGGAAACAGAAAGCAUACGCAUGAACGCUUUCCUUAACGCACACUACGCGACUUUGCAGGCCAUAGAUUCGCGGCCGAACUCACCUCCCGCGCCGCAGUCCUCCUUGCCAGAUCCAUCAAGACAAAGAAGUUUUUCGGAGCAGCGGCACAUCAAACUGCUCGCCCCCAUCCAGACAAAAGGAGAUCCAGACCGGCCACCACAUUUACCAGCCCACUUCAUCAAAACACCAUACCCCUUUAGCCCCAAGAAAGAGUUCCCCCCACCGAAGACCCGGCCCCGCACCGCAGACCUAUACAUCACGCCCCUGGACGACUCCACUAAGAAAGGCAUCCACGUGCUAGGCAUGGCCCACGACUCCGCAUACGACCCUCGCAACCGACUCGAGCGCAACAUCUCCGCACAAGGCCUCAUCCGCACCCCACCCGACGCCCCUACAAAACAUGAACGCUGGAAUUCUGCGCGCAGCACAAACAGCGCAAGGGAAAGCAUCGUCUGGCUCAGUCUCCGGCGCAACAGACACCGCGUCGCCGACCGCCUCGAGCAACUCACCAUCCCAAGCUCCCUCGUCACCACACCGCAGCCCAGCCCAACAUUUAAGCCUAAGCUAAGACACCUAGCCGCAGAUUUCGACGACAUGCACUUCGCGGGCGAACUCCGCGCUGCGUAUCGUAAACUUGCCGGCCCGUGGGUCCUACGCGCCCUCAGCGCACGAAAACUACGAUAUAUCCGCCUCUCCCAAAUCAGCGCGUGGAGCGGAUCAUACACCCCGCUUGGGCUGCACGAAGAAGCGGACAUGCUUCUCGCGGCGAGAGGAGGCCUUGCAACGCUCAGCCAUCCGGGCGCGCCCUUCACGGAGCAUGCGCUGCUGGAUUUAUAUCGCAACCCAAUAUCGGGGGACGCGAGGUAUACGUGGGUGCACUGGGCGAGGAGAGUUGCUGCGAGUAAUCGUAGACAACGGCAUUCUCAUGAACGAGCGAGGUCGGAUGGGGAGGAGGAUCCGAGUAGGGAGGUUACGACGAUACAGUUUGUGCAUGCGUUUUCGCCGUUUAAGAUAUUGACUGUGAUGGUGGUCAUGCUGACGCUUGCUGUGGCGGCUGCGGUGCUGUAUACUUUUCUGGGUCAGACGACAAGGGAGCGAGCGGAGAAGGUCACGCCGGGUAUGCUGAUUGGAUUGUUCGCAGUGGGCGUGGAAGGGGUGGUUUUUUCGGCUUGGGUCGUGGGAAGUUGGAUGUGGUUGUAG